GACUAAAAUAAAUCAUUUUAGUAAUUUUCGAGAUUAGCAAAUAAUUACCAAGUUAAAAAUAAUUUCCAACCGAAAAGGUUCUACGAAAAUCUAUAGUUUUGUACGUUGGCUCUGAUACCACUGAAAGGUAACCACAGUUGGGAGGGCAGCGGAAAUACAAAAAUUUAAUCUCCCAAUAGUGAUUACUAGCCCAAGAACACGUACUAAAAAUAUAGCUAGAGAUAGAAAGUUAUACCUUCUCCGGUAAAGCGGUAUGAACGAGAAGUCGAGCAAAAGGUGUUGAAAGAGCAAACGUAGCCGUUCAAGCGUCCGGCCUCCAACUUUGACACACGAACAAUCUCCGGAGUCUACUAUAAUCUUUAUGCUAGUAAAGAUUAUAAUGGUAUAUUUUAAUAUAAAGAUUUAAGAGGGAUAAUAUUAAUCUUGUAUAUUAAAACUAGAAAAUAUAUCAAUAAUAUUUUAAAGAAAAUAUUAUAUCAAUUUUCUACACCCAAAAUAUCAACUUUGGGACUCAAAAUGUUUUUCUCUUCCUCUUCCCUUCUUGGCCGAAACUCUCUGUUUUUGGGGAAGUGAAUGAGCUUUCAUUUUUAUUAAAGUAUAAAAGGCAAUAACAAUAAUAAAAAGACAAAAACACUUUUGUCAAAUUGUCCUCCUCCACUUAUUUCAAAAGUGGGAGACAAGCUCCACUAUAAGUGUAUGUACGAAAUGAUCCUUUUGUCCCAAUGUCUUAACUUAGUGCAAGGGAUAUAAAAUAUCCAACUUGUAGCCAUUAAGUUAUUUACUGAUUAACAAGUCUGACUGAUGAGAACAGAUGAGGAAGGAGUUUGUGUUGAUACACAACUCUACUUCCACAAAUAAAGGAGAUAUGAUCUCAUUUAACGAUGAUGGAAUAUUCUAGGAAGAAAUUACUAGCAUAAAUUCUUCAUAGAACACCGUUCGUUGUUCGUGUGGACGCGCUAGAGGUUGGAUUCGUUUGUGACUAGUUCGUUGCACCUAUCCCUUUACCUGCACCGUCCGAUAUGUUUUCUACGAGAAAAGAUGACCAGUAACAAUCACAACCUCACCUUGCGUUCAAUCCUAGACAAAGACAAGUUGACCGUGUCCAACUUCUUGGAUUGACAAUGCAAUCUCACUAUUGUUCUUCGUCUUGAGAAGAAAGAGUAUGUACUUGAAAAGGUCAUUCCUCAACCUGCUGCCAAUGCUUCUAGAGUAGUCAAAGAAGCAUAUGACAAGCACGUUGAUGAUGACAUUGAAGUGGCGUGUCUCAUGCUAGCUACUAUGACUUCUGAGCUUCAGAAGCAUCAUUACGGCAUGAAGGCCUAUGAUAUGUAUCUACACCUGAGGCAGCUCUACCAAGGGCAAGCUAGGCAUGAGAGAUUCCAAAUCUCUAAGGCACUCUUCAGUUGCAAGUUGUCUGUUGGAAACACUGUCGGUCUACAUGUUCUCAAGAUGAUCGGCUAUGUCGAGACUCUUGAGAAGUUGCGUUUCUCACUGAGACAAGAACUUGCAACGGAUCUUAUUCUGCAAUCGUUGCCAGAAAUAAAGGGUAAGAAGAAGAAACUUAAGAAAUUUGGAAACAAAGGCAAAGGUAAAACCAAGCCAAAGUCCACUUCUUCUAACCUUAAGCCUAAAGGUGGAGUAGAGAAAGACUCCAUAUGUCAUCAUUGUGGCAAGAAAAGCCUUUGGAGGAGGAACUGUAAGGAUAACCUGGCUUCCAAGAAGAAUAAGGAGGGUGACGCCUCUGCUUCAGGGACUGAAGAAAAGUAGAUGGUUGGCUCAAGGGGAACUAGACAUGAUGGAUCGAUGGAUGCAAGUGUUGCAGUUCUGUUAUCAUGUUUUAGUUUUUAUCAUUUGAUCCAUUUUCAAAUAUUGAAUUGAUUAUUGUUCGUUUUAUCUUAGCAAGACAUUAUAUCAUGUUUUAUGAUUUCUUAAUUAUUUCAAAUAAAGGAUAAACCGUUGA